GGUAAUAAGUCUAGUUAAUGUGUUAAAAAUGAACCACAUGUAGUACUGUACUGCAUUUUAAAUUUUUUUAAUAACUACUAGAUAUAAUUGGCUAUGUAUUUCAGUUUAUGCAUUUGAAAUUGUUCAGUUCUUUGCCUACGUAUUUCAGUUUAUGCAUUUGAAAUUGUUGUUCCGAGAAGGGAACCAAAGCCCUUUUACUUUAUUUAAAAUCAAUGUUCUGAAAAGGAAUCCAUCCCUAGGCUUCCCCAGACUGCCAAAAGGUUCCAUGACACAAAAAAGGUUAUGAACCCUGACCCAGCAGGAGUCCUCAAUGGUGACGUAAAUGCAUAAUUACCCAGGCGUGGGGUGCAGGCUUUGCCACCAAGUCCCGGUGUGGUCUAAAUGCUUCACUUCUGUUUUAGGAUCUGUCAGUUGUUCUCUGAUUCUGUAGAAUCUAGUGCAUUUUUUUUUAGCUCUUACAAUUACUCUGAAAUCCAGAUUAGCAGUAAUCAGUCCUUGCAACUGGAAAAACACUAAUGCAAUUUUCUUUUGAUUUAAUAAGUACUUCAGUAAUUUUCUAGUGACCUCUACUUUGAGCUUUUCUAGCUUGUUAAAUCGCUGAUUUUUAUUCCCCUCUGUGAAGAAGAAGAAGAGAGUAACACACUUGAGGAUAAAUCAACAAGGAAUUAUUAAGCACCUCCUGGGAUGGCGGGCUAUGUUUUAGAAGCUAGUCUUCUCUGUUUCUUCUGUCUGCUUCUGGUACAAUAGGAUAGAGCCCUCUCAGAAGAGAACACCACAGUUAGUUUAUCCUGCCUAAUCUUUUUUCCCUCCAGUUUGUAAAAGACCCCCUGUGGGAUCAGAGUUGACUUAGUGAAUGAGCUAAAACCUCUUUUGACAAGAGAAGCUUGAAAGUAACUUUGUGCCCACAGUCCUGGCCAGAGUCAGUGUGAACAAAACUUGGUAGUUCUCUUUCUAUCUUAAAAAUCUCCUUGAUUCAGAUUUAAACUUUCAUACUUCAGGUAUAGUUGGGUACAGUUCUGACAACACUCCUGUUUUCAUUGUAGAACCCAAAGCCAGAUUAUUCAGAAAUGACUUAGGUUAGAUAAAAGGCAAUGGAUAGGGCAUUGUGGCAUUUCAGAGCAGAAAAACGCCUUGGGGAGCACCUGGUCCACCCCCUUCCGUCUUGGAAGGAGACACGGUCUGCCUGGGAGCCCACUAGAGUGCCCAGUUAGGUGCUGUUUCUUUGCUCCUGCAGUCCCUGUGUUUCCCUGUCACAUGCCGACACAGGCAGCCAGCUACUCAGUAUUCAGCAGCCAGCACAGUACCUGGUGCAUAGUGUUGUCUCAGGAACUCAGACAUGACCAGGAAGAUCUUCACAAACACCAGGGAGCGAUGGAGGCAGCAGAAUGUCAACAGUGCCUUUGCCAAGCUGAGGAAGCUCAUCCCCACUCACCCUCCAGACAAAAAGCUGAGCAAAAAUGAAACGCUUCGCCUGGCAAUGAGGUACAUCAAUUUCCUGGUCAAGGUCCUGGGGGAGCAAAGCCUGCAGCAAGCAGGAGUGGCUGCUCAGGGCAACAUUCUGGGACUCUUCCCCCAAGGACCCCACCUGCUGGGCCUGGAGGACAGGACUCUACUUGAGGACUACCAGGUUCCUUCACCUGGCCCCAGCCAUCCGUAGCGUGGCCCUCACAGUCGUCACCCAGGGCUGCACUCGCUCGGAAGUCACUGGCUGUGGACAGCCCUUUGCAUGUUCCAGAGUCAACUUGAUGCAUAAUGUGCAAGGCAUGAAUUUAAGCUUCAUAGACAGUGGCUCGGGGACAGCUGCAGGGUCACCAAGGGAGGCCAUGAGGACUGUCACUUCGGAGUCCAUCUCCCCUGUGCACGGCUUCAGGCAGAGCAGUCUGCCUCUGUCUGUUUUUCAUGAAUCCAGGUUCUACAUAAGAUUUUUUGGGGAAAAAAUUGUUAUUUAAAAAAAGUUUUGAAAAUCACAGUUUACUCAAUGUCUUCAGUUAUAAGAAGAGAGUUUUCUCAUGAUGGAUCUCAGAAGAAUGAGGGGAAUAUGCUUCCCUCAGAGCAUGUUUUAAAGUUUAUUUUGAAAAAUGAGACAUAUUUGGUCAAGGAUGAACAAAAUCAAUCUUAAAAUUGAUGAGUGAAAAAAUAGCCCCUGGGGAAACCAUCCUGGAAGACUGGUGGGAAAAUCUGUGGAGAAAAGACUCUCCUGAGUGUGGGGGUUCCAGGAAUGCAGCAGAUCCGUGCGGAAGAGCUCUGCGUCCUUUAAACUCUGUGGAAAUGUGAGGUGUGACGCCUAUGGAACCAUCUGUACAUAUGUUAACUCCAAAGCCAAAUACUGGGUUACAUCUGUGAGAGAAAAGGACUUGACAAUUGAUGAGUUGGAAUUCAUAGUUUUCUUCUGAAAAACAGCUAAAAUAAGUUAGCUAACCCCUUCGUUUCACAUGUCAGGUAUUAAAACUUUUCACUCAGCCUGAGCUCCUGCUGAUUUAAGACCUGUAAAAUUCAAUUAUAAUUGUGAACAACCAAACAUUACCAUUUACGACUCAUUUAACAGACAGUUUAAACAAAACAUUUACGGCAAACAAUAGAAACGUAAUCCCAGACUCUAAUGAACUAAUGAAUGUAUAAUUUGUCUUCUUUGCUAUGGAGCAUUAGCUCAAUCUUAUACUGGGAGAGGUGGUACCCAACAAGUCAAUCAAACACCGUGAGUCUACCAGAACCCAUCUCCACAUGCCACCCUCACGACGCUGGGAUUCAAAGAUAGAUCCCAUAGCUGAACCCAGAAUACAAAUAAUGUAGUUUGAUUAUCUUUGGAACAUUUUAUUUCCCUGAAGUUCUUGACAGUACAUUGGUUUUAAAACCUUCUGAACUACAGGUAGGAAAUUGAUGGAUUUGAGAUUAGGGAUUUCCCGUGUACACAUAGUAGAGGAAUUUAAAUUUCCUGCCACUCAGAAAGAAUUUACUUAUGAAAGGUUGAAAUGAGCCUCCUUGAUCUGGUGGUCAGAAGAAAGCUGAGUGAGACUCUCUCACAAUCUCAUUCCCCCAAAAUAGCAAGAUCAUUAUGUUAUUAAACUCUAUACAGCAUUUGUACUUGUAAAACAAUGCAUUUCUUUGAACCAAUAAAUUUUCCUUCUGGGUCCUUUAUUUAAACUGCAUUUGGUAAACUUCCCAUUGGACUCAGCAUAGUCUGGGAAACACAGAAGCAGAAAGACGGGAGGAUUUCCUCUUGAAUGUGUGUUUCAUUCUCACCAGUUACGUGGGCACAAGCUUGCCCCCAAAUUACCAGGUGAAAGUACAUUGCUGUAGUGCAGUGGUGCAAUCACAGUUCACUGCAACCCCCAACUCCUGGGCUCAAGCGAUCC